UUCUCGCUGGUUAAGAUGGCGGCGGCCUGGGCUGCGGCGGAGGCGCGGAGCCAGAGCCCGUGAAUCGGUGAUUCGGGAGCCGCCGCCCCGGCCGUGAGGUGACAGGGCGCCGCCUGGGAGAAGCCGGGGCCCGGAAGACGAGGCCGCACGUUCGGAGGACACAGAGGGCUGAGCGAGGCCGCGGGAGGGAUGUGACCGGGCCCCCGGCGGCGGUCCAUCCCGGGGGCGGCUCACCAGACACCGGGGAUGGGCCAACAGGUAGGCCGCGUGGGGGGAGACGGACCCACCGCUCCGCCACCGCCAAGGGGGAACAGAAACACCGGGACCAAGGCGAGCAUCCACCCCGGAGCCGGGGGAGCGGGGGCCGGCAGCCGCAGGAGGGAGACCACCGGCAAGAAUAACCCCGAGACCGGAUUCAACAUCUUCACCCAGCACGAAGCCUUGCACCGUCCUUAUGGCAGUGACUCGGAACCACAGACCCUUAAUGAUGCUAUCCGCUGGAGUUCCAAGGAGAACCUGCUUGGGGCCACAGAGAGCGACCCAAAUCUUUUCCUCGCUCUGUAUGACUUUGUAGCCAGUGGAGACAAUACCCUUAGCAUCACAAAAGGAGAGAAGCUGCGUGUGCUCUGCUAUAACCAGAAUGGGGAAUGGUGUGAAGUUCUGUCUAAGAAUGGACAAGGCUGGGUGCCCAGUAAUUAUAUCACACCUGUAAACAGCCUUGAGAAACAUUCGUGGUAUCAUGGACCAGUGUCUCGCAGCGCUGCAGAGUAUCUUCUUAGCAGCCUCAUCAAUGGCAGUUUCCUGGUGCGUGAGAGCGAGAGUAGCCCAGGCCAGCUCUCCAUCUCCUUGCGUUACGAGGGCCGUGUCUACCACUACCGCAUCAAUACAUCAUCGGAUGGCAAGGUCUAUGUCACCGCAGAAAGCCGUUUCAACACACUUGCUGAGCUUGUUCACCAUCACUCCACAGUGGCUGAUGGGCUUGUCACUAUUCUACACUACCCAGCACCCAAAUGCAACAAACCCACAGUUUAUGGAGUCUCUCCCAUUCAUGACAAGUGGGAAAUGGAACGCACAGAUAUCACCAUGAAGCACAAGUUAGGAGGAGGACAAUAUGGAGAAGUGUAUGUUGGGGUCUGGAAGAAAUACAAUCUCACCGUAGCUGUAAAAACACUAAAGGAGGAUACUAUGGAGGUGGAGGAGUUUCUCAAGGAGGCAGCAGUAAUGAAAGAAAUCAAACACCCCAACUUGGUGCAACUCCUUGGUGUCUGCACUCUGGAGCCUCCGUUUUACAUUGUAACAGAAUACAUGAACUUUGGAAAUUUGCUUGACUAUCUACGGGAGUGUAACCGUGAAGAUGUAACUGCGGUGGUGCUGCUUUACAUGGCCACGCAAAUAUCUUCUGCCAUGGAAUAUCUAGAAAGGAAAAACUUCAUUCACCGUGAUCUGGCUGCUAGGAACUGCUUGGUAGGAGAAAAUCAUGUGGUAAAAGUAGCCGAUUUUGGACUGAGUCGCCUUAUGACUGGAGACACCUACACAGCUCAUGCAGGAGCCAAGUUCCCCAUCAAGUGGACUGCUCCAGAGAGCCUUGCAUACAACACCUUCUCCAUCAAGUCUGAUGUCUGGGCAUUUGGUGUGUUGUUGUGGGAAAUUGCAACCUACGGCAUGUCCCCUUACCCUGGCAUCGACUUGUCGCAAGUAUAUGACUUGUUGGAGAAAGGCUAUCGGAUGGAGCAGCCGGAGGGAUGUCCUCCAAAAGUCUAUGAACUGAUGAGAGCUUGCUGGCAGUGGAACCCAGCAGACAGACCAUCAUUCAAAGAGACACACCAAGCUUUUGAGACCAUGUUCCAUGAUUCAAACAUAAAUGAGGAGGUAGCAGAGGAACUGGGACGCACAGCUGCUUCCUCCUCAAAUGUGCAAUAUCAGACCCGCCUUCCCAUGCUGCCUUCCAAAUCCCGCACUUUGAAGAAGAAAGCAGAGAACAAGGAGAACAUUGAAGGCACAGGGGACUCCUCUGAUAACUCCACCUCAAGUUCUACACAAGGAGCAUCUCGUGGAUCUCCUGUUGCCAGCGGUUCGCCUGCUCUACCCCGUAAACAAAGGGAUAAAUCACCCAGCAGCUUAUUGGGUGACACCAAGGAGACAACAUUUACGCGUGACCGUAAAGGUGGUUUCUUCAGUUCAUUCAUGAAGAAAAAGAGUGCUCCUCAACCUCCUAAGCGCAGUAGCUCCUUCCGCGAGAUGGAAAACCAGCCCCACAAAAGGCCUGAACUGACAGAAGAGCUCUCUUCUUUUCAGCAGCUUGACAGUUUAGUUUCCCCUGCUUCUCCUGGCUCCAACAAGUGUUACAGAGGCCUAUCUCAGCGUAGCUUUUCAGGAGAAGAGUCCGUAGGAGCAGUCAGUGGGGGUUGGACUGGCAUAUCUGGUUUCUUCACACCACGUCUCAUCAAGAAAACAUUUGGACUGCGAACAGGAAAAUCUGGGGUCAGUGAAGAGCAACCCAAACCUUUUCCUAGAUCUAAUUCCACAUCCUCUAUGACUCCUGUUGUAUCAGAGCAGGAUAGAAUGUCAAUGACACUGCCCAGAAAUUGCCACCGGACUAAGGUCCAAGUGGACCGUGCUACGUCUGUUUCAUCACAGCCAGAUGAAAACCAGCAGGAUCUCUCUAGGACUGCAAUAGAGGCCGUGCUGCCUCAGUCAUCUAGGGACAGAGUAAAGCCUAAGAUGCUUCCACGUACUGGAGGUAGUGAGAGAAAUGGUGGACUUCGAACCACUGUUGAUGAGAGGUCCUCGCCAAACAAACAUAUACCAGGUGCUACAUCAUCCUUCCCUUCUGCAGCACACAACCAUAAAGUGCCCGUCCUAAUUUCCCCCUCGCCAAGGAAUGCAUCUGCAGAGGUGCAGCUGGUUGGCAUGGACUCCCUGGGUCACACCUUCAAACUGCUUCAGGAACAUGCACCAGCAGGUUCAGAGAGGGACAAACCUUCUCACAGACGACUCAAGCCAAAGUGUGCCCCACCCCCUCCACCAAAUCUGCGGCUUCUUCCUCCCCCAUCUGCUGAGGAUACAAGCGCAUCUGCACCAACAUCACAUGGCCCUGAAAGGACAGCCAAACCAUCUCGGCCUUUUCUACCCCCACCACCCCCUGUUGUUCAAACAGGAAAACUAUCAAAUGGAGCAGCUGGAGGUGGUAGGGGGGCCCUGAGAAAGCCUAAGCAACCAGCUGAAAGGGUUCCUGCAGAGAAAAUCAGCAAAGAGGCCCUUCUGCAAUGUGCUGGAUUGUUAUCCAAUGCCCUCUCAGUACCCCAACCUAACAGUCAGCUUGUGGACACUGGCCACCAGCUUCUAGAUUAUUGCACAGGAUAUGUGGACUCUAUCCCUCAGACACGAAACAAAUUUGCCUUCCGGGAGGCUGUUAGCAGGCUGGAGGUCAGCUUGCAAGAGCUGCAAGUGUCUUCAGCUGGGAGUGGGGUGGGAAGUGCCGCUGCUGGUUCCCAGGGUGCUAACCCUGUGCUCAAUCACUUACUGUCCUGUGUGCAGGAGAUCAGCGACGUAGUGCAGAGGUAGCUAACGAGUGUCCUGCUGAAAUACCUGGGAGGCAUGUAUCUUUAUUUAACUCCCACAGACACACCCACACUACGAAAUGCACUGACAUGAGUAUGGCUGGGGAUAGUAACCUCUGCAUAAGGAAUGAUAAUAAAAGGGGUUUUAGCCUCUGGUUGCUGAUAGAGUAAUUAUUUGCUGUGAAAUGUAGCCAAAUAAUGCUAUCCAGCAGCAAUCUAGUUCUAAUGCGGACACCUGAUUAAU